AUGUUACUUCAACAUUCCUGUCUCAUAAAUUAAUCCAAUCAACACCAUAAAUCCACUAUUUCAUUUUCUACAAUGGAGAACAUAAGGAGGAGGAUGUUCUUGAUAGUACUACUAACAAUGGUUUUUCAUGGCAUUGGAACUUCUGUUGAGCAUGAUGGACCUCUAUUUCUUGACUAUUACAAAGAAAGGUGCCCUUUGGCAGAAGAGAUUGUGAGGCGUAGUGUUUCAAUUGCAGUGGCUAAAGACCCUCGAAUGGCGGCUUCACUCCUUCGCUUGCAUUUUCAUGAUUGUUUUGUUUUGGGGUGCGAUGCAUCUGUUCUUUUGGACAGCUACGGAGGCAUAGUCAGUGAAAAGCAAGCCGGCCCAAACCUAGAUUCUUUACGAGGAUUUGAGGUUGUCGAUGAGAUAAAGUAUCACCUGGAAGAGGCUUGUCCAACAACAGUUUCAUGUGCUGAUAUUCUAGCCUUGGCUGCUCGCGAUGCUGUUGCAUUGAGAGGUGGACCAAGCUGGAAUGUGUGGCUAGGCAGGAGAGACUCACUGGAAGCAAGCUUCAGUGGUGCCAACCAGCUCAUCCCAGCUCCGAAUUCCUCUCUAGAAACUCUCAUUGCCAAUUUCAAACAACAGGGCCUUGAUGUAGGAGACUUGGUUACCUUGUCAGGUAGCCACACAAUGGGAAGGGCAAGAUGUUUAAGUUUCAGACAGAGGGUGUAUGAUGUAAACUUCAGAGGAAAAUACGAAUUAUACGAUAAAUACAAGAGAUAUACGACCUUUCGAAGAAUGCUACGGUCCAUAUGCCCGAAAUCAGGGAGGGACGAUGAAUUAGCACCGCUUGAUUUUCAGACACCAGCCAGAUUUGACAACCAUUACUACCUUAACAUACUCCAAGGGAAAGGUUUAUUGGGGUCUGAUAAUGUGUUGGUCACACAAGAUCAUGACGGGGAGAUACUAAAGCAGGUGUGGGCUUAUGCCUCUGAUCAAAAGCUUUUCUUUGCUUCAUUUGUAAAAUCAGUGAUCAAGAUGGGAAAUAUCAACACAUUGACUGGAAACCAAGGAGAGAUCAGGAAGCAUUGUAGGUUUGUCAAUGCCUAGCCUAGGUAGUGCAUGUAUGAUGUAUGUAUGGAUAUUGAACUCAAUGUUCAUUUUAUGGGUUUCUUAUUAUCUGCAUUACAUGCUUUAGAAAUUACUGAUAGCACUUUAAAUAGACUUCACCCGAUCUUCUAAUGGUUUAUUGGUACUUCUCUUUUUUAGAGUUGAAAGAUGUUAUGAGUUC